AUGGCUGACAGCAGCUACAACUUUAGCAGUUCACACAACACUCGGAAUCUAAUUCAUUCGUCAGCCAUUCGCCAUGGCACCAGAACCCCAGGAGAUAGGCUAGCAGCAGCUGCUUUUCCUCGCCCUGCGAAAAAACGCAAGACGGUGGAGUAUGAACCAGAUUUUGGAGAUGGCGGAGAUGUGUGGCAGAAGGCAGACGGUCGCUCCAUCAAACGUAAAGGGAGUCCUACACAGCUCCAUCGCGGCGGCCAACAGCAGCAGGCCGGCGUUUCGAGCGUCUCCUCAGCACCGAGGGAGACUUUUGCUGGGGUGCUGGAUAAUCUUAGUCCAGAAGUUAUAGUCAACGCACACGGCUUUCCGCUGAACGAUGACGACGUUGAGCGACUUGCCAGAGAACGUGUGGACGAGCCCACAAGCCAGGGCAAGGUCAGCUUCAUAUUCGGUUCCUACCAUCUGACAUUGCUGAUGAGAAAGGCUUGGUUGCGAGACGCCGGGGUCUCUGUGCGUCUGUGUCCGAACGCAGAUGCAAAGGGCGACUGCCCACACGGUGCUAAGCGCGUCCCCGACUUCGCGGCGCUGGAUGCCGGAGAGCCGCCGGCGUACGGCGGCUUCUCUGCUCCUGCUCGGCCGACAGGAGGAGGCGCCAUGUCGGGCGCUGUACCCGGCGAUAUGUGGACUGCGCCGGACGUGGAUGACGAGGUCAAUCGCCAGACAUUUGUCAGGGGAUUGGAUGAGGGGGAACUGGAGGGAACUGAGGUGCUGCCAGGCCCGACUGAGGCGGACGAAUUCCAGCCUCUAGGACCGGCCGAUGAUGGCGAUGUAGAAGGCGGCCACGAGAUGCCGGUUGGAGAUGCCGGCGAGCCAGGAGUAGUUCGCCAAGCUGGCAAGUCCGCAAUCCCCACAAAAGAUAUGUACGGCUUCAAAACCAUCAUCGUCGUGCACACCGACAGUAUACACGGCGUCGGCGUCUCGUUUUGCAGGUGCCCAGGCGCCCCAGCUGCGCAUGAGCAAUUGCUGCAGUAUGGCGGGCUGUUUCCUGCUUCACAGGAGGAUCCUGCCACAGCCUUCACUCUCCAAGGCCUAGAGCACCGGCUCGUCGACGAUGUCGUGUGUAAGACGUCCUCCUUGGCGCAUAUGCGCAAACUUCGUCGCUGUACCGAGCCUCACGAGCCGAGACUUGCCCCUAACCGUUACCACGAGUUGAACCUCGUUUCUCGGCAGUACAGCGCAGUUCAAAAUCUCAUAGACUUUGGGUAUGCGACCCAACCGUUGACAACAUGGAAAGACCCGCCUCCCGGUGGAUUAGUCUGGAAGUGCAUCGUCUGCCCUCGCAAGACGCUCGAGUUCAAUAAUGUUCCGCGAAAAUGGGAAGAAGACCCCGACGAGUGGCGCCUCUUUGUGUCAAUGUGUUAUGACGGGAACUUUAGCGGAGACCAUACCAUAUCGAAACGCCCAGGAAAUAAUGUGCCCUUCUAUGCUGGUACUGGCUUUUUCAACCACCCGGACAUCGUAGCGGAGCACAUGAAGCACGCUGUGGACGACAAGGCCUUGAAGAGAAUCCUACCAGACCUGGACAAGGAAGAACGUCCGUGUCACCAGCAUCGUGCUGCAGCGAACGUCGGGAAAAUUCGCAGCAAAGUCGUGGAUAUCAAGGGAAUUGGAUCAUGGGCCUGUUCCAGACACGGCUGUCUCUGCGCCAAUGGCACGAAUAACUUUGAUUUAGGGGAAGCGUAUGUGCCAUAUCCCCUGACUCGCAUUAGAGGGCUACCUAACGGAGACGCCAGCUCACAUCCUGUUGAUCUGAGCUUAAGCAAAGCGUUCGAGCACACCAUCACCGGCGGCAUCAGGAGAGCGCAACUACUGUACGAUAUCUGGUGCCGCUACGGUGUCCAUUUGAAAAGGCGGUUUCACCACAGCAGGUUAGAGUGGCCAGACUUUCGUGAACUCCUACAGGGCGUAGGUGUCUGGCACAUAUACGGCCAUGUCUUCGAUUGUUAUCGGCGAUAUGCGCCAGUUUACUCUCCCCGCGCAGGCAUUGUUGACGGCGAGAUAUUGGAGACGCUCUGGGCCUUGCUGAAUGCCAUAUUGCAGUCCUGCAGAGGGAUGUCGCUAGCCGCACGAGAGGAGAAGAUUAACUUGCACAUGAACGACGUCAAUCAUGGCAAGAUUAUCAGGAUGGGGCCGGAUUCGAAAGAUGUGGAGGCCCGUCUUAUUGAGGAGGAAACUCGAUCCAGCCCAGCAACUUCGAUUGUUCGAUCGAUCAUCACUAGUCUGGAUCUCGAGGAAGAUGGACUUAAGAUGCAGGCGCGAGGGAGCGAGUGGGGAACGUCCGCAUCUGAACGCAGAACUGCUGCAAUUGCGCGCUCAAGAUUUGACAACCGUCGCACAAAGGCGAACCAGGAGAUGCAGGCCAUGUUGGGUGGAGAACGUCUUGUAGACGAGGACCUUCUCUCCCCCAAACUGAGCAGGAUUCUCCCUGAGGAUGAGUGGGAUACAGACGAACACACUGGUCACGGGUACAAUCUUCGACCGCUCGCGGAGUUCAAGCCCGUGGAUACCCUUUCGUCUCGACCGGAUGAGCGCCGAAGCAAAGACCGGACGACAGCGCUCGAGCGCCGCGCCAUGGAUGCGGAACUGGAAUUGCGUAUGGCCAGGCUAGAUGCCCGUAUUCAAUCGGUGAUGGAAGGUGUCGUCGAUCAGGCACAGUCGUAUAGACUGCAGCUUCGACAAAACAAGAGUAAGGGGAAAAAUUCUAAUAACUACGUCGCCCGCAGCCGCGCCUGGCUACACACGCGCCAACAGAACAAGGACGUGCGAGUGCAUGCAUCGAUAUACAACCAUGGCGCGAAAAGACUGGCUCGUUUAUUCUGGGACGACAGCGAAGAGGCCCAGAACAGGAAAAACAGCAUCUUAGCCAAGUACCGGCCUAUAACCGCGGACGACAUCAAAUGCACGACUGCUACGUACGACAUGUACAACAAUACCCGCACACAAGGAAAGUUUCAGCUACCGUGGUUUUGGAGGACCUUCCGUAGCAACCGCCCAGUCGGUUCAUGCGAUAACGAAGGCGGAGACGAGGUGCUAGACGACGACACAUUCAUUGGCGCCUUUUUCAGAACGCGCUGGAUCAACGCGCGGUGCUCGUACGUUCGCUGCGAGGAAGAGGUUUUCAUGCUGGAAGGAGAGAUGCAGACCUGCUAUCUCGGAUAUCGUGCUUUGGCCGACGCGUGGGAAGAGAAAUAUCGCCGCCUGCCCACAACGCCGGAAGGGCAGCAUGACCCCUACGCCGGCCACCGCGCCCAUGCGCUUGAGACAAGACACGCUUGGUUGGAUCUAGCUGCGAAAGCAAAGGCGGCGUUUAAUGCAGAGGUUGAGAACGUCGUUGUAGCUACUCUACAGUGA